AUGGAAAACACAAGAAUAAGUCCUGGUACAAAGCGAACGCGAACCAAUGUCAAACAGUCAAAGUUCGGCUGCCUGACCUGCAAGAAGCGAAGAGUCAAAUGCGACGAGACAAAGCCAUCAUGUCGACGCUGUCUGUUCUCCAAGGUCUCAUGCCUUGGCUACCCCAUUGGCGCGCCACCGGGUCCAUCGCUGAGAGCAGCGGAAGCAGCACUUCUAUCUACCCGUAGCCCCCCUCGCAGCCCGACGUCUUCUCUCGACCGUUAUGUCUAUCUUGCCUGCACAGUUCUCAGUCAAGGACCACGUCGCGCAAAAAGCGAAUCUGAGAUUCUGUUCUGGAGCUAUGCAGUCCCCCAAAUGAUUCAUUCAAUCCCAGCAGUUCAAGCUGCCGCUGCUGCAUUCGGCGCUUCUUAUAAUGAACAUAUGCUUAGAUUGCAGGAGGGUGUUGCAACGACACGACAUUACCAUCAAGCACUGAAGCUAGUCCAAAAUGAAGUUUCGAAUCUUCGUAACGGCGCUUUGCCCUGUAUGGUCGCAUGCCUGCUUAUGGCAUUCACUGAGACUCUGCAGCAGCGAAGUGACAGGGGAUACAUGCACCUCCAAGGUGCUCUAGCAGUGAUGGCUGCACGAGGGAACAUUGGCGCAGAGUCACCGAUUGUUGCUCUUGGGCUAGCGACUUUGUUCGAGAAGCUCAAUCUCCAUUCGGUGACAUACGCCACUAGUCUUGACGUCCCAUUAACAGGCGAGUCAAACAAACCAAGUUCGGUCUUGGUGUCUCCAGAUCGAGCAUUGUACUCUAUACUACACGCCAGCUAUCGUUUUAUCUCAUCAGCAUUACCCUACAAAUACGCUCACCCUACUCAAAUUCCUCCCGAUCUACUGAUUGAGCAGGGGAGAUGUCGAGGAAACCUGCAACAGUGGUUAUCAUCUAACCAACUGAACCCUCAAUACAGCAUCUCGGAUCCGCAGAACGAACAGCUACUCGUUCUUCGAAUGCAAUGCUACACCGCACUGAUAUACGUCUCCAAUACUCUUCAACCCUUCGAGACAGCGUAUGAUAGCUACGCUCUAGAAUUUCAAGAGAUCAUCGCAUCAGCCAAAGCAGUCCUUGACAUCCGAUCGAGCGACAAGUCCUCGGAUUCCUUGCCAAUGUUUACACCAGAGAUGGGCAUCAUUCAACCUCUCUUCUUCGCGACGCUAAAGUACAGAAACUCAUUUUGGCGAAAACAAGCAUUGGGUCUCCUUCAAAAAAGCGGGAGAGAAGGUCCAUGGUGCGGUGCUAUCGAGGCUCAGAUACUGGAAGUUGUUAUCGCCGCUGAAGAGAACACAUUGGACAACUUAUCUUCAACCUUCAACGAGCCGCAAUCCAGUAUGCCCUCUACAGAUGUUCUUGAGCAGCAGAGGGUCCAUCUAUGUCUAGUACAAGAUUACUUGGAUCGACGCUACGAAAGCAUCACUCUCGACAAAGGCGCUGGAAGUCCAGCUCGCUUCGCAAAAGUCCAGUUAUGCAAAUGUCGAGACUUAAAAGGCAUGCUGAGCGAUGAGACUAGAGCUCCAAGGAAGGACUUUUGGGCGGAUGAGAGGUAUUGGGAUACAUGGCAUCAGAAUGUUCCUCUGCCAGAGUAG